CAGGAUUCCUGGUUUUUAAGCCUGAACUGAUCUCUCGGCUGGAGCAAGGACAAGAGCCAUGGGUCCUUGACCUACAGGGAGCAGAGGGGACAGAGGCACCAUGGAUUUACCAGACAGAUUCUGCUAUUAGAACUGAUCACAAGCAGACCUGUGAGUAUACAAACAUUCCCAAAAGUCAGCUUCCUGGCUUUGGAGACAAUUUGGAUUCUAAGGUCUGGUCAGAGAAUUUUUCAAGUAGCCUGGGACUAAGAGUGAGUGGCUCACUUUUUCAGAAACAUCACUUGACUAAUGAGACUAUGGCUCCCAAGGACACUGUCCAGGAAUGUAAGGAGCUACAGGCCACUGUUCUGGGUUAUCAGCCUUCUGAACAGACAGACAGUGUGAAAGGAUCAUCAGAAAACUGUGAAGUGUGUGGUAGAGUCUUUAGAACAGCUUUGACCCUGGAUCCGUAUCUGGGAGUGAAUGUGCAGGAAAAACCAUACAGAUGUCAAGAGUGCCAAAAAAAAUCCUCUGUCUGCUUAGAGGAGAAACACACAAGUCACUGCCCUGAGAAGAAACCUUAUGAAUGUGAGGAAUGUGGGAAAGGCUUCAGGCUGUGUUCACAGCUCAGUCAGCAUCAGAGAAUCCACACUGGAGAGAAACCAUUUAAGUGUGUUGAUUGUGGGAAAGCUUUCCGUUUGAGCUCCAAACUGAUACAGCAUCAAAGAAUUCAUACUGGAGAGAAGCCUUACAGAUGUGAGGAAUGUGGGAAAACCUUUGGUCAGAGCUCAAGCCUUAUCCAUCAUCAGAGAAUCCACACAGGAGAAAGGCCCUAUAGUUGUCAGGAGUGUGGGAAAGCCUUCAGCCAGCAAUCACAGCUGGUCAGACAUCAGAGGACUCACACUGGAGAGAGGCCCUACCCCUGCCAUAAGUGUGGCAAGGCCUUCAGCCAGAGCUCAACUCUAGCCCAGCAUCAGAGAAUGCACACUGGGGAGAAAUCUCAAAUGCCAGGAGCUUCAGAAAGCCCAAGCCUCACUGCCCAUGAGAAAAAUAGCACUGCAGAGAAGCCAUUUAAGUGUGAGGAGUGUGGGAAAGCUUUCAGGUGGAUCUCUCGCCUGAGUCAGCACAGGCUGAUUCAUACUGGAGAGAGACCUUAUAAGUGCAACAAGUGCACAAAAGCCUUUGGUUGUAGCUCACGGCUCAUUCGCCAUCAGAGAACUCACACUGGAGAAAAACCAUUUAAAUGUGAUGAAUGUGGGAAGGGCUUUGUCCAGGGCUCACAUCUUAUUCAACAUCAGCGAAUUCAUACGGGAGAGAAGCCUUAUGUGUGUGACGACUGUGGGAAAGCCUUCAGCCAGAGCUCCAGUCUCAUUUACCAUCAGAGGAUUCAUAAGGGAGAGAAGCCAUAUGCAUGCAUCCAAUGUGGAAAAGCCUUUAGUAUGAGCACACAGCUCACUAUCCACCAGAGGGUUCACACUGGGGAAAGGCCCUAUAAGUGUAGUGAGUGUGGAAAAGCCUUCAGUCAAAAUUCAACUCUUUUCCAGCACCAGAUAAUUCAUGCUGGAGUGAAGCCCUAUCAGUGUAGUGAGUGUGGGAAGGCCUUCAGCCGGAGCUCAUACCUUAUUGAACACCAGAGAAUCCACACUCGAGCCAAGUGGUACUGUGAAUUUGGAAACACUGUUGAAAGUAGCUCCUUUUUGAAUGCUAAGAAAGUGAACACUGUAAAAAAAUUGCACCAGUGUGAUGACUGUGAUAAAAUAUUUAGGUGGCGUUCACACCUAAUUAUACACCAGAGGAUUCACACAGGAGAGAAGCCUUACAAAUGUAAUGCUUGUGGCAAAGCUUUUAAUCGGAGCUCAAGGCUCACUCAGCACCAAAAAAUUCAUGUGGGAUAAGUCCUUUACCUAAAGGUCUUGGUUAAUUCUCUAUUGCUGUGAUGACACCUUGGCCAGGGUAACUUUCAAAAGUACUUAUUUAGGGCUUACAGGUCCUGAGAGCAUUCAUGGCCGUCAUGGUGGGGAGCAUGGCAGAGGCAAGCAGGUAGGCAGGGUGCUGGGGAGUAGCUGAGAGCUCACAUCUUGAGACAGUUGCUAGGCAGAGAGGACUAACUGGACAUGGAGUCUUUUGAAACCUCAAAGCUCACCCCCAGUGAUACACCCCCUCCAAGACCACACCUUCUAAUAAUUUCCAAACAGUUCCUCCGAGGACAAGUAUUCAUACAGAUGAGCCUAUGAGAGCAUUCUCAUUCAAACCACCGCACUAUAUAAAUAUGUAACUGUGAAUAAACCUGAAGCCUUAUUUUAUUUGGGUAAUUUAUGCUAACAGAAACUUGAGAAUGCUGAGGGAGAUUCAGAUUUUUUCUUAAGAAUAUUCUACUGUUGAAACCAUUUUGUUUUGUUUCUGUAAUGUUUGGCAUUUACCCACUAAAUAAAGUGUGUGUCACACUCAAAGUA